GUUCAAUGACGAUUUCAAUACACGUACACUUGAAGAUUGUUUGCUGCUGUAUGUAAAGUAACUCGCCGUGAAAAACAAUAUAAUAAGAAAAAUUCAAUCAGUUCGCCUGCAUUGUUUUUCAAAAUAAUUGUCCAACGGGAGAAUAUCCAGCGAAACGAAAUAUUGAAUAAAUAAAAACAAAAUUCGAAAUAAUUUUAUUUUGUUGCCAAUUGUGUUGAUUAGAAACAAAAGUUAAAAGAUGGAUGAUCCACGAUUCGAUAAUUUGGUGAAUAUCGACGGCGGUCGUAUCAUCAAGAUGGAGGUAGACUACAGCAGCGCUUGCGAUGAAAAAAUACCGGCAUUGAAAGAAGCUGCUAAAGAUCCAGCCAAAUUCCAUCAAUCGAUCGAUGGUUUGCUUCAAUUGGAAAAACAAACGCGUUUGGGCGCUGAUAUGGUGUCAUGUUCACGUGUAUUGUGUGCUAUUGUGCAAAUAUGCUUUGAUGCGCGCAACUGGAAUGCACUCAAUGAGCACAUUGCAUUGUUGGUAAAACGUCGUUCCCAAUUGAAACAGGCCGUCGUUAAAAUGGUCCAAGAAUGUUGCACGUAUGUCGAUCAAAUCACCGAAAAGGAUGUCAAAUUAAAGUUAAUUGAUACAUUGCGUACGGUAACGGAGGGGAAAAUUUAUGUUGAAGUUGAACGGGCACGUUUAACAAAAAUUUUGGCCAAUAUAAAGGAAGCGGAUGGUGAUAUUGUUGCUGCUGCAAAUGUGAUGGAAGAAUUGCAAGUUGAAACGUACGGCACAAUGGAGAAACGUGAAAAAGUCGAAUUGAUUCUUGAACAAAUGCGAUUGUGUUUGGCAAAACAAGAUUUGGUGCGGGCACAAAUUAUUGCGAAAAAAAUCAGCAUUAAAUUCUUCGAUGAUCCAGAACAAGAAGACCUUAAGUACAAAUAUUAUUGCAUUAUGAUUGAUUUGGAUCAAGAUACAUCAUACUUGCGCACAUCACGUCACUAUCAAGCGAUUAUGGAUUCAAAAAUCAUUGCCGAUAUUCCAAAUCGAAGACAACAAAUGAUGGUGUUUGCAUGCUUGUAUUGCAUUUUGGCACCAUACGACAAUGAACAACAAGACAUGAUGCUGAAAUUAGAUAAAAUGAAGCAACUCGAUGAGUCGACCAUUUGCAAAGAGUUGUUACGUUUAUUUAUGUGCAAAGAACUUAUCGAUUUUGCUGCAAUGGAAAAUUUGUACGGCAAAGAAUUGCUUGGCUUUGAAAUUUUCAAUCAAAGCAAAGCACAUGGCAAAAAAUGCUGGACGGAACUCAAAAAUCGUGUUAUUGAACAUAAUAUUCGCGUCAUUUCCAACUACUACACCAGAAUCAGUUUGAAUCGAUUGUGUGAAUUGCUUAAACUUCCAGCCGAACAAACUGAAGAAUACCUUUCGCAGUUGGCCAAUAAUAAUGCGCUUACUGUGAAAAUCGAUCGUCCAUCGGGCGUUAUUCAUUUUUCAACGAAAAAGGCACCAAGCGACAUUCUCAACGACUGGGCGUUCGACAUCUCGAAACUCAUGAGCUUGGUCAAUAAAACCUGUCAUCUCAUAAACAAAGAGGAAUGUAUAAACAAUGUAUUAGCCGAUUAAUCAUUUAAGUGAUCCAGAUUUAUGAUACGUGCGCUAUGCUACAAACACGUCAGCACCAACACACAUUAAAUUCUCUACUUGUUUUCUUUUUCUCUUAAAAUUUCAUUUUUUUCUUUAUUUGUCUACAAUUAGCCCAUUUUCAAUUGUUACAACUGAAAAUAUUUAUAUUUUUUUUAGUGUUUUGUAAACUGAAACAGAAUACACCACGAAAAAAUAUCAUCUUU